GGGAUGAACUCUCACCCUGCGGAAGAUCUCGCGUUAACACUUUGUGGUUACCAGGGGAACGAGAGCCUGAGAAGUAGCGCUUGACUUGAGGUCUCUUGCUUUUGCUCAACGAAAUGAACACCGGAGAUACAGCGUUACAUUUCUAAUUCACAGAUACGUUUGUCAGAGCAAAUAAACAAUAUCCUGCAAAAUGCCGUCACCACAAGUCCUCCAGCCAGUUCUUAAGAUGAAGGUGGACGAGCUAUUUCUCAACUGGUUGAGUGAUACUGCAACCCAGUCACUACUCAAAGAGUAUCUUGACCUAAUCAAAAGUGGACAACCCAUUGAUUUGAGCAGUGGGGACGGCCAGGAUAAAAGGUUGUUGACCUUCAAUGAGAACAACAAUGUGGCAUACCAAAGGAACCUGGCCGAGAAGAAGCCCGCUCCCCUCGGUACUCCCUCCAGCCCCCCGUCUGCCAGUACACUACCCUCCGGCAGCAGCAGCAAUACCAGAGUGACAGGACCCAAUGGCAGAGUACUACGGAGGUCUGUCAGCACAAAAAAGGCCCAGGUGAGGACGGAGGAGCCCGUCACCACAGCCCUGAGUGAAAGCAUUCCAAAGUUUUACUUCCCACAGGGCCAGCCCCAAGCCAACGUCAACAUCGACAGCCUCAUUUCCAAAAUUGAGAAAGUAUUUUCCCAAUUCCCAAAUGAAAGGGCCACCAUUGAGGACAUGGGGCAGGUCGCCAAGGCCUGUGAGUGUCCUCUCUACUGGAAAAUGCCAUUGUUCUGCUUAGCUGGAGGCGACAGGACCGGCUUCAUGUCCGUUCACAAGUUUGUGGCUAUGUGGAGAAAAACUCUGCAGACCUGUCACGACGACGCUUCUAAAUUUGUGCACCUCUUGGCCAAGCCUGGCUGUAAUUACCUGGAACAAGACGACUUUAUUCCAUUCCUGCAGGAUGUGGUGAACUCACACGCAGGCCUGGCCUUCCUAAAAGAGGCACCGGACUUUCACUCACGAUACAUCACCACGGUGAUUCAGAGAAUAUUCUACAAUGUGAACCGUUCAUGGACUGGGAAAAUAACGUGUUCUGAGCUCAGGAAAAGUAACUUUCUACAGAAUUUGGCGUUGCUGGAGCAGGAAGAGGACGUGAACCAGCUGACAGAGUUUUUCUCCUAUGAACAUUUCUAUGUAAUCUACUGCAAGUUCUGGGAGUUGGACACUGACCAUGACCUCUACAUAGACCAGAAGGACCUGGCCCAGCACAAUGACCAAGCCAUCUCCCAUAAGAUGAUUGAGAGAAUAUUCUCAGGAACAGUAACAAGAGACAGAAAAGUGUACAAGGAGGGGCGGCUGAGUUAUGCUGAUUUUGUCUGGUUCCUCAUCUCUGAGGAGGACAAGAAGACCGACACCAGUAUAGAGUACUGGUUCCGCUGUAUGGACCUGGACGGGGAUGGGGUGCUCAGCAUGUACGAGCUGGAGUACUUCUACGAGGAUCAGUGCCAAAAGCUGGAGACCAUGGCUAUUGAGCCCCUUCCCUUUGAGGACUGCCUCUGCCAAAUGCUUGACCUUGUGAAGCCUGAGGUCGAAGGUAAGAUCACUCUGAGGGACCUUAAAAGGUGUAAGUUGUCCCACAUCUUCUUUGACACCUUCUUCAACAUCGAGAAGUACCUGGACCACGAGCAGCGAGACCCAUUCUCGGUUAUAAAGGAGAUGGAGCCAGACGGUCAGGAGGUCUCGGACUGGGAGAAAUAUGCUGCAGAGGAGUACGACAUCCUCGUGGCUGAGGAGGCCGCCAACGAUCAGUGCAAUGGCGUGUAUGAUAAUCCUUUGAGCCCUUUAGGGCAGCACAUCUCCAGUGAGCUGGGUCUGACGAAGAGACACUUCUUUGAGAUCCCCAGUCCACACUGCGACCUGGACCUGGAUGAAUAUGAAUAUGAAGAUGACUUUGAAUGACCCCUCGAUCAUGUAGCGUUCUCUCACACGCCUGCUGAGCGCUGUGCGCUCCCAGAAACCGAGCUUAACCAGCAGUGUUCGUCGAUGAAUCGCAUCAAGCCCGAGAUUCACAGGCUCCGGCGCGGUUCCCAGUAACAGGACACGCAUUAAUAAACACAACACACUGUCAGAGCACUGGUGGGGUCAGGUGUGCUGGAGAAAUGGACACAGCAUCAGAAGGUGGUUCUUCACAAUACUUUACUAUGCCAGCUGUUUUAAUAUUUUCACCUUUCACACUUAAAGAAGUCACCACAGCUGACUUCAUGAUGUCACGAGCAGCACAUUCAGGCCUUUGCUCCGUUUCCACAUGGUUAGACAGGAGCGGUUGUGUUUGUGCACGUAAUGCAUUGUUAUUUAUUUCUACUGAAGUACGGUACAUCUCAGUACUGUGAUCACAUUCACAUGAGCUAAAUCAUCAUCAUUCUUUACACACAGGAGCUCCCUGGAUUGUUGGACAUGUUGAUUUGGUUCAGGGUUUGAACUAAUUAUCAUCUGAAGUCAUUGGCUAAUGUUACAUUCCAGUGAUCAUAACGGAAAGUUUUCUAUAGGACUGUAAAUUAAUUAAUGGUUGUUAAAUGAGAAGAUACCGUAAAUGCCAAACAAGACACCGUUGAGCCUGCUGUACACACAGUUCACACUGCCACAAACGCUGUAUAUUGUACAGGUCUGUACUCAUUAUGACGUAGAUUUACUGUAUGUGUGAGAUGGGGUUGUUAUUAAAUUAUUAGAGAUGGAUUUAUAUAUAAGUGUACAUAUUUAUUUGGUGUUUGCUGUGUUAAUGAUUUGGGGAAAGUGUUUUAGACAAAUUCUUUUUUCUAUGUUAUCAAGUACUUAAUUGUAUUGUACUUUGACAGAACAAAAGGAACCAAUUUUAAAAUGUUUUGCUUUUCUUUAAAUGAAUAAAGCCUUGGUUAAUGUAAGA